AUGGAUGGUAUAAAGGGAAAAGGGAAGAAAAAUAUGAUGGUGGGGGCGUGGAAGAGAUGCCAAUCCAUCUGUCGGAGAAGCAAGAAAUGUAUGCCAAAUAUCAGCCCUUGUAGCUCAGUCUCAAACCCAGAAGCAGCUAAGCCUUCUAAGACCCCCAAAGGUUACUUCCCAGUCUAUGUUGGAGCCCAGAAACAACGGUUCCUGAUCAAGACCCAGUUCACUAACCACCCAUUAUUCAUGACGCUGCUGGAAGAAGCUGAAUUGGAAUAUGGGUACAGUAAUGGAGGCCCUGUGUCGCUUCCAUGCCAUGUUGAUACCUUCUACGAAGUGUUGGCGGAGAUGGACGGUGGCCGAGAUGAGAUUAGUCGUCCUGGCAGUAGCUUUCUCAGUCCAUCUCAUAGUCUGGGUCUUGGCGACAUGGCUAAGGGUUAUGGUCAUUAUAGCCUUCUGAUCAGUCCGUCUCGGAUGCUUGAGGUGAAUUGA